AUGGCCGCCGCAGAUCCAAAUUAUUGGGACCCGCUGGCAAUCGAGAACGAGGAGCCGUCUCCGCAGUGCCUGCUGCGCGUCAAAAAGGACAUCGCCAUAUUCAACGUCCACCCGCCGUACGGCAUCUUCAUCGUUCCCCAAGAAGAGAACGUGACCAAGAUCCACGCCCUCAUCGUGGGCCCGUCCGACACGCCGUACGAGGGGGGACUAUUCUACUUCGUCUUGAAGUGUCCCUCGGCGUAUCCCACGGUUCCGCCCAAGGUGCGCAUCAUGACCACCGAUGCCGGACGCCUAGAGUUCAACCCGAACCUCUACGCGAGCGGCAAGGUGUGCCUCAGCAUUCUCGGCACCUGGUUAGGACCACAGUGGAACCCGAUGCAGACCAUCGAAAGCGUGCUCGUCUCCAUACAAUCGCUGCUCAACGAAAACCCUUUCGAGAACGAGCCCGGUGCGUCCUUCUUUUCGCCGAUUAGCAAGUUUCUCGGCUACGAGGACAACUACAAUUCUUUCCUACAACAUGAGACACUGAGGGUGGCCGUGUGCGACACGGUCCAGGCGUGUCUGGAUGGCACUUCGCCGCUCCCGCCAGCUCUGAGAGAGCAGGUCCUCAAGACUUUCUCGGAGUCGUUCGCGAAGUACGAAAAGAUGGCCGCGGAUCGGGUAAAAUUGACUGGAACCCAACUGCGCGACCGAUUCCUUCGGGUCAAGGGAGUGUACCAGUACGAAAGGCUGCUGAAGCGACUGAAGGAUUUGAACGACAGAGUCAAGAAGCGGAACCAAGUUGCACCGGAAGCGGAAGAUGAGUAA